AUGUCUAUCUAUCGUUGUCUUUCUGUGAUGCUAUGGGCUCUCAGCCUUUUUGUUGUCUCUGCAGAAAUCGCAUUCAGUAGUUACAAUGGUGCUGGCCUGACAGAAGCCGACACGCUGCGGGUUCUGCGCCGCGCCCUGUCCGCAUCCGGGACAGAAGACACAGUCAAUCUCUUCGACGAGACUAUCGACAAAAGCUGGGACGGAGCAGUGCUAUUUGCCAUUACGAUGGAGGCAGAGGCGGAUGUAUCGACUCCCGCCGGCAAUGGCUCCCUCGAAACCCAAUACGGUGUUAGUAUUGUUUGUUCCGCCUGCUACAUUACCGGCAGGGUCAGUGGACAGCUGACGCGCAAUGCCGACUUCAACAUCACUGAGCUCGAGGAGAGUGCCAUAGACCUGGUCAAGAAUAUCACCGAGGAAGCCGGACAGGCCUUGUCGGAUCUCGUCGAGGGCAACUCUAACUAUACAGAGAUUGAUUUCAAUGUCGAGCUCCCCAUCUUCCCGGACUUUGACUAUCGGCUGCAGUUCAGCUUUGACAACCUAGAGCUCUACAUGAAGCUUGACACCAUCCUUUCUGUCGCAUCCACCUAUACGAUCAACCUAUACACAUCACAGAGCCCGGCCGGCAUCAGCCUGGGCGAUUCCUUGGAGAUCGGGGCGUUCUUCACUGUGGAUCUGAUCCUGACUGCUGCGGCAGAGGUGGAUAUCAGCAGCGGAGUGCACAUCAAGGUCGACGGAGCCGAUAUCAAUUUACAGAUGUUUAACAGGAGUGUGGAAAGCAUCUCCAUUGAUGGUGGCAUGUUUGAAUUCCUCCCCGUGAGCGUCGAGGGUGCCGGGUUCGUGCUCACCGGCGCGCUGCAAGUCGGUCUCCACGCCGGCAUCACCUUUGACAUCGACACGUCCGUGACGAUUGCGAACUACACGCUCGGCGGCUCGGCGGGCCUGGAAGCAGGAGUCUUUGCCAACAUUGCCGAGUUCGUCGCCAACGUCACGUACGACGCCGGAGGUGAUGACGGCGACUGCGAGCUGGCGCUGGUCGAGUCCUUCACUAUGGCACUCGGCGCCGCGGCGGGAGCAUCGGCCGCCUUCGACCAGACCACCUGGGGACCGACGCCCGAAACCGAAGUCCCCAUCUGGUACACGGAGCUGGGCUCUGCGUGCGCGGCCCGCCGUAGCUCGACAACCACACCGGCGCUCGUCACAGCGAGAGACGCGACGAGCGACCUCUCUCUCACGCUCGCGACUGUGACCACGGAGACGACGUCUUCCGGAGUGGCCUGCAUCUCGCCCGGCUUGCUCAACUGCCCCGUGUCCUUACAGACGACGAAGACCUUCACAGCGACUCUCACGACGACGACCUCGGUCCCGUCCGGCUCGGAAGCGACAUGGCCUGCCGCGACUCAAACGGCCGUGAGCACGGUCGCAUUCGGCGCCAGUGCAAAAGCCCUGACGGCGACGACGGGCAUUCCAGUCUCUUACAUCCCGCCACCGUCACCACCCUCGUCCUCAUCUGCCUCCAGCACCGCAACCGCAACAGGAGAACGCGCGAGCCACGGAAACCACAGACCGCUGAUCAUCGGACUCUCCGUGGGCCUGGUCGUCCCGGUCCUCGUCGCAAUUAUUGCCGGCGUGGUCUUCUCCCUCCGCAGGCGCUGGGUCAGGUAUGCGCCUGUGCACAAGGCCGAGAGUCAGAGUCCCGUCGCGGAAGAGGUGCAGCAUGAGCAGCAGGGGAUGCUCAAGCGGGCGACGACGGUUGAAGUGGACGAGACGGACUGA